AUGAUGCAGCACCCUUUCCAGCUCCUGCAGACGGCGAGUCUUUCGACGUUCUUCUCCGAUGGAUUUACAUUAGCGACUUCUUCCUCGUUGCCUGUAAAAAAAACAGAAACACAACAACAACGGAAACCGAAGUUCAAUAUCGAAUCCACCGCGGUAGAAGAGAGAAACGCAGGCGUAGUAUUAACAGGCGAAGGAGUGCAACACGCAUCUCUAGACCAUAUGGAGCGCACGGCUGGAAUAAAACGUUUGCGUUCCUCUUUAAGUGAGGCCAGCACGCAGGGGGUUACACCCAGUAGUGAGCGAGUGACAGAGUCAUUAGACCCAAAUCCUGUGAAUGAGAUAAUGGAUGAGGUUAAUUUACUGUCUGUUGUUAAUGGCAGUGAUGGAUCUCAUCUUUUCCUCGCUCCUGGUUCUACUUCAUUAAUGCAGAUGGGACCAACGGGAUCGUGGUCUAAAUCUCCAUUGCCGAAUGUACCGGAGACAUCUGCGGCUGUUGUUAGUACUGAUGUUGUUGUGAACUCAGAUGAGGUACAGGUGACGACACUAUCGCCAAAUGGAAAUCAUGGAAUUCAACAGAGUGAAGAAUUAGCUUCAUUAAUGCAUGCAGCUCUUCUGGAAUGCUAUAGAGUGGAAGAUGAGAUUCUAAAGAAUCUUAGAGAGCAGCAUGAGGGAAACAUAGACGAACAAGAAAAGGAAAAGGAAAAUAAAAUGAAAAAGAAUACCCAAAUGAUGGGAACAGGUAUUUAUUUUAAACCUUCAUUGAAUGAAGAUAUUGGCUCAUCUACAUCACAGUAUGAAUUUUUCUCUUCUGUCGCACCAUCAUCAUUUUCAUCACCAUUGUUAACCUCUGGUACCUUUACACGUAUGAUUUCUCACAUUCAUUCACAGAAAAAGCGUCGACGAUGUGAGUCGCAGAGAUUGGAGAAUCAAAUGCGAGAUGUUACCCGUGCAAAGGAAUUACCCUUGUUAAUAGAAGAUGUGGUCCGAUAUGCCCAACAUCUUAUUGGAUUCUACUCUAAGGGUAUCACUAACACUGGCACUAGCACUAACAGUACUUGUCAAACAGAGACAUUGACAUCACCGUGUGAUGAUUUGACUAUGGGUGAUCAACGACCUUCUACAGUUUACAUUCCUGUAGAAUCUCCUGGAAAUGAUGUUGGAUAUUUUAAUCAAAUGUUGUAUGCCAAAUUCCCACCUCCUCUUUUUCAAAACUCUUCCUUUGCUGCAGGUGUGGUUCGACUUUUACGUUGGGUACGAACUUGGCAAAGGUCCACACCGACGUCAAGAGAAAUAUCUGAAUCCCAACGCAAGAGUUAUGGAAAGAGAAAACAGUCUUCUAUCAGUAGCAGCAGUAGUGGUAGUAGUAGUAGUGGUAAUGGUAAUGGUAAUGGUAGAAGCAGUACAAGAGAAAGAGGAAGAGUAUUGGGAAGAAAAAUUAGAAAAUCAUUAUUUAAUGUGGAAUCGGUUUUACCUCAACGACGUGGGCGAAAGCGACUUCAUGUGGAAGAACAGAAUGAUAAUAAUAAUAAUAGCAGCGAUAGCGACAGUGAAACAAAUGAAGAAGUAAACAAAGGUCCAGUUGCAAAUAAUACAGAAAAGACAAAUGGAGAAUCCCCUUUACAGGAUUACACUGCCAUUCAGCGGUACCAUAAUGAUUGGUUACGUGCUGCAGAAAGAUUAAUAAGUGGCGGUGCUGUUACUGGAGGCAACAACAAUAAUAAUAAUAACAACAUUGGUGGAGGAGGUGGUGAUGGGGGUGUUGGAAUAAAGUUAAUGAAGUCUACUUCCGGAUCCUUCUCGCAAGAUCCACAUGAUUGGAAAGAGUAUGGAUUAACUACAGAUCAUAUAAUGUAUGAUGAACAUGGAAACCGUCUUCGUAGUGUACGUCUUGCAAAGAAGAUGGCGAAGAUGCGUGCAGAACAGGAAGAAGCUGAAAAGGCGAGGGAACAGAAACGUGGUUACUUUGCUCGUGUAGAUGAUAAUACUCGAGCAAUACGACGAAUGAACUUUGAAGAUGGUUUUUACACUGAUAGUGAAGAUUCCAGUGAUAGCACAGAGGAUGAUGUAACGAAUAUUGCCGUUCUUCAUGGUCCUUCUGGUGUUGGAAAGACCGCUACUGUAUAUUUGGUAGCGGAGAUACUUGGAUAUCGCGUAGUGGAGAUGAAUACAUCUGUGCGGCGUUGUCCAAAGAAUAUUGACCGUUUAUUAUCUGAACUAACACGAAGUCGACGACUUAGUGGUCUUGUUCCUGGAAAGGCCAUGGUGUGUAUUGAGGAAGAGUUAAAGAAAUUGAAAAGUGAACAUGCAGCGGCUGCGGCUGCGGCUGCUUCUUCUUCUCCUGUAUCCAUGGGGACACCGACAAGGAAAACGAAUCUGAAAAAGAAUAAAAAGUCUAACGUUAUUUCUGCAAGAGCCGUGGCAGAUUUCUUUCGUCCACGAGUUAAGACAGAGUCAUCCGAUAUUAUAAACGUUGAUGUUGAUUCCACAGUAACAGAAGAAGAAGUAGCAGUAACAACAAAACCAAAAACUGCAGCAAGAGCUGUAGUAGUGGGAUCUGAUGUAGAAGUGAUGAAUGACUCUUAUACCAGAAAAGCUGGAGAAAAUAGUAUUGGUAAAGGAAACUCAAUGGAAGAUUUAUCAUCAGGGGCAACAAGUACAUCAGGAAGUGGUAAUCCAACACAAGAAGGCCCAACACGUACAUUACUUCUCUUUGAAGAUGCAGAUGUUAUUCUUGGUGAUGAGGCGAUGAAACCAUUCUACGCGGCUGUUCGUGAUCUUGCACAGAAAAGUAAAGUACCCAUAGUCGUAACGGUAUCCUCCACUCCAUCUGGUAAUGCUCGUUCAACAACAUCCACAACAAAUGGAGGAAUAGGAACAUCAACAACCACAACAUCAUCAACAUCAACCACAACAUCGCAUGAUAUUAUGGAUACUGCACAUAUUGUACCAAUGGGAGCUGCACAGGUGGCGCAGUUCUUUGGAAAGCGAACGCCAUUUACUGGUAUUGCCCCAAUGUCUCGCAGUACUCUUUUCGCCCAAUUACUCGUUGUGGCUGCAGCUGAGCGAGGUCUUCUUUCCAUGUUUGAUGCUGAUGUAUGCACUGCAGAGGAGAAGGAAAAUAUAGUAACGCCGAGUAAUGAAACUUUGCUUGGUAUUACACCCUCUCGUACUUCUCAUGGAUCUGUUAUAGUGAAGAAUGUAGAAGAAUUUCAGCGUAUUGCUAAUGUUUUGAGAGAUGAAGUAUAUAAUAACCUACAAGGGGAAUCUUGUGGUACUCCUGAGGAUCAUACAGAUGUACGGUUAUGGCUUAAUCGAUUACAGUAUCUUUUAUUAGAAGAACAGUGGCCAAAACAUACACCACCUACCUCUUCUAUACCCGUUUCCGCAAAUAAUAAUAAUAAUAAUAAUAAUAAUAAUAAUAAUAAUAAUAAUAAUAAUAAUAAUGAUUCUGCCUAUAUAUUACCAACACAUGUAAAUGCAGAAGUUGGUGAUAUAAUGGUUACUGUUCGUGAUCGCAGUGAGUGGGAUAUGCGAUUAGGUCGUGUAUUGCAAGCUUCAGUUAACACAGAUUUCAUGAAGUUCUCUCCUUGGGAAUGGCAACAGUUUCAAUAUGGAGAAGAAAUUAUGGCUGUUGGGAAUAAUAGCGAUAUGUUAAAUGAACAUGUAAUGGGUGAAGGACGCAGUAACAGCAGUGUGGAUAUACCAAUAUCUUCCUCCUCUCUUGAUUCCCCAGAGAUGGAGAUAAUGAAUAUUCUCCGUGGAGUUAUUCCUGAUUCUAUUGGGCAAGGAAAUAAAACUUCUCAUUUGGAGUGUAUACAUGACAGAAGUACAACAAGAGAUAGAAUAGACGCAUUUAGUGGUUGGUGGCGCCGUACACGAAAAACAGAUGCUACGAAGAGUUUUGUAGCAUCCCGCAGUGCAGGUGCUUAUGAAGAUGUUAUUGGGUUUAGUUGUUUGUUGUAG